UUGUGUGAGGAGGAGUAAAGGAGGCCGCCCCCUUGCCUUGGCCCCGCCCCCUCCGCUUUCAUGUUCUGUGGGAGACGUCGCGUUUUCCCCUUUGGAACUGAAUCGCUGAAUCGGGAGUGCGUGUGAACGAAAUAAAAUAACUACCCACUUGCCUCUCUGCCAAUCAAAACAAAUGCCGUUUGUGGGACAGCCCCUCCUGCCAUGAUAAAAAGGCAAGAUGUUGUAGGAGACUGUGAAUCAGUAGCAACUUCAGCAGCAGAAGAAUAAAAUCAGCAUCAUGAAGAACCCGAUGUAUGAAGUAGCAUCCCUGUUGCUGGAAAAACUUCUUCUGCUUGCCAACUUCAAACUUCUCACCAUGGGCUCUAGUGUGGAAGAGGAAGAAAAGAGAAAACAUGCUUGCUAUUACGACACCACCUACUUCAAGCCGGGAGAUCUGCUGGAGGUGCCCCGUACCCUCUUCAUUCACUUUGGCAUCUACCUGGGUGAUAACAGGGUGGCCCACCUCAUGCCUGACAUCCUGCCAGCAUUCACCAGUGACAAGAAACAGAUCCAGAAGGUGGUGACCAACAAGAGACUUAUCUUGGGUGUCAUUGCUAAAAUGGCCAGGAUCCGUGUGGACACAGUAGAGGACUUUGCCUAUGGCGGCUCCAUUCUGGUGAACCACAUGGACAAACUCUUCAAGAAUAAUGUCCUGAAUGCUGAGGAGGUGGUGUGCAGAGCAGAAAAGCUGGUGGGGACCACUGAAUACAGUUUGCUUUGGAACAACUGUGAACAUUUUGUGACCUUCUGCAGAUAUGGGUCUGGAGUCAGCUUCCAAACUGACAAGUUCUGUGAAAUAGUGAAGAUGAUUAUUCGGGACCAGAGGAGCGUGCUUGUUUCUGCGCUGCUGGGAGUGGCUUCUAUUCUCUGCCUGGGACUGGCACCCUCCACCACUCUUCCUGCCAUCAUUAUUCCAUUCAUGUUGUGGAUGGCUGGUUAAUGGCACUCCUAGACCUUGCUGGUGGCUGUAAAUAGAAUGGAUAAUGUAUUUAUGAAAGCUUAAGUGCCUUUCCAAUAUUCUGUACAGAAGAAAAUGUGACUUGCAAUUUUAUAAUGAUCUGAGUACAUCAUUGUCCCAGAACACAGAGCACAAAGAAUAGCUUACUAUGUAAGCCGACUGACUGGGUUUUGUAGUCAUCUUUCCAGAAGGCAACUUAAGCACUGAGCUCACUAAGUUUCUUGUCAAGAAAAUGUACAUAGAAGCGAGCUGCCUAAGGCUGUGAUUCUAAGCUUAGAAGUAAAUGCUAGGUGAAAUCAAUAGGGCUUUCUCCUGAAGGAAUGUGGAUAGUUUUGGAGUGUGAGUGUAAGGUGAGAAGAGGCAUUCUUAUGGAUGUAGAUCAAAGAAGGCUAGAGGAGAGGCAAUACUGGGUGAUGAAAAUAAGCUACUGCUGUUUGGUUUCUCUUCCAGCUGUAUUCUACUUGCAAGCUGCUGUUUCUAAACCACACACAAUGCACUGAUUCUCAUGGUGACAUAAUAAGUCCAGAUGUGGCUUUAUUAUCACAUGCUUAAUAACUCCCAGCUGGUUUUAUCUGCUUUUUCACAUUUCUAUGAAGCUGAAUUUGCCAAGUGCCUUUUCACAUUGCACAAACACCUUCCACCAUCUUGUCUGGGUGGAGGUGCUAAAAAUGGUCUGUGCCUCCUUGAGUUGUCCUUGUUGUUAGACGUCAGUGGAUCCAAUGUAAAUCAUGCCAGGCUGCUUCAGAAGUCUCACGACUCCAACUGUUUGGUUGGCACCAGUGGCUAACACACAAAGAAAUUUUUGACGAUGUUGGGAAGAUGAAAGGAGGUAAACUCUUGCUCUUUAAUCUUUUCCUCACAAUGGGACCAAACAACAUGGACAUCCAUAAAGUUAGGUAAUGACAGCUAAUCACACUGCUGGUUGUCACUAGAGUGAGAUACAAAUGUCGCCAUUGUGUCCAGGACUGACUCUGCUAUAAGGCAGAAGGAACUAGCCUGCCCCAAUAGACUUCAAGAUACCUUUAAAGGGUGUCUUAUUGUCAAUUACUUAGUUUAUUAUCUUUUCAUCGCUGAGGUGAGUCUGGUGAGAGUGUCAGUUGGAAUUCCGGCUGCAGGUACCAGACUCUUUUGGCUUAUCUCUGAUUUGUGUCCCUUGGCACAGCAAAAUCCUGAAAAAUACCCCAUCUCUAAAAUCAAAGUACUUCCUAAUACAGUGGCAUGGAUGAAUUCCCACACUCCCUUCUUGCCCUUUGCACCUACCCCUUUAUUGAUUAUUUGUAUGUCCCAUGAUUUGGGUUCUCUGAUAAUGGGGUGGGAAGAUGUGUGUUCUGUCUAUUAUGUAUUGCAGAAUGUUUUCAAGGUCUGAUAAAAACAAUGAGAUUAUAAACAUUUUUGCUCUAAAACUCUUCUGGUUUAGUUGGAAACAACUGUUGAUGUACUCUGUGCAGUUCCUGUCCUCUGCUCCUCAGCAGGUAUACUUGUAAUUACUCAAAUAACAAUAAAUUGAUCAUCUGUGCCGA